AUGAGUGUGGUGCACGUGGCUUGUCCUGCGUUCCCGAAGGUGCAUUUGCGGGGAUGGGGGUGUGCAUGGGAGCGGGCUUGCACGUGUGUUACUAACUUUGUGCCCCUUUGCCCGCGCCCUGGGUUCCUUUUCUCUGCUGCGAGUGGGAGCGUGGAGUCUCCGCGUGCGCGUGAUGGGCUCGUGUUGUGGGAGUGUGCGCUCAACUUUAACUCACGUUUUGGCAAUUUGGAUGGUUGGGGGAGAAUCUCGGAGGUUCUGCGCCGGGAUUCCGGGGUGCUCAGUCUAUGGCCUCUGCGGGCGGCCGGGCCCCGAGCUCCCAGCGGGCGCGCACCUGUGGACCCUCCCCCCACCGCCGCAGGAGUUCCCUACUAUGCACUGCAAGAUGGCCCAGGCUCUUCCAGCCAAGGUGUGGAAAUAGGCUCUUCCGCUCUGCUGACGUGCUGGCCUGGACAGACACAUGGGUUUCAGGGCCACCCUGACUGGAGGAGGCUGUGGAGAUGGAGGCUGCUUGGCCUGCUGUGGAGGCUGUGGGGAUGGGGUGGCCCUAUCCCACUGCCUGGUGUCUACAACUUCUUCAAGUCCCGGAAGACCACUGUCCAUCCAAGGCUCCCACCACUCCAGGAGGGGGACUUUAAAGAUUUUCCACUGAUUUCUGGCUUUCAUUGUUGCAUCAAGAAGUUGGAUAAACCAUCGCUGAUUGCAAUGAACUCUGUCUCCAAUUUUUGUGACAGGCAUCUGAGAAUUAUGGCACAAGCAUUUACCCUCUUGUUCACAUCAAACUGUUCCUUCUGUUCUUGGAAUAAUUCAGAAGAUAUGAUAUUUGAGCAAUGCAUGCUUAAAGGACAAAGGAAAUUUUUAUUGAUGUCAAUGGUAGUGACCUCUUGUUUUUGAAAGAAAGGCCUAACCCUUUAGACCAUCUCUAAAGCCAAUAUGGACACUGCUUUAAAGGCAAACAACAUGACUCACUCAUUGAAUUGAGGAAUUUCAAAACUCACAUGGAUACUGAAAUUUUACCCCAAUUAUUUCAUAUUAUGUCUUAGGAAACUAAGUCUUCAAGAAAUUACAAUUUUCUCAAAGGCACACAGUUUAGUUGCUAGAAAUUUUAUUCUCUACAUGAUAAUAGAUUUAUGAAUACAUCAAUUUUACUGACAUUCCUUUUCUUCAGCACAAAUCAGUUUUGUGUGAAGUUGUUCAGUACAGAAAAUAUUCUAAUUUAGAGGUCGAUUUGGGAAAGGGGUAGAAAUAUAUGUUUUCCAGCCUAUCGCUGCCAACAGCUUAAUGUGUCCAGUGAUGGGUAUGAGGCAGUCUGGUGUUCUUUCUCACAUAUUGACUCCUACUCAACCAUUUUUCUUAGUGUUUUUCAUGGACUUUCCCCAGGGAAAUGGAACAAUAGAUCACAGACCUUGGAAAAUUGUUUCUCACUCUUGUCAAUUUUCCUGCAUGAGUUUUUGAAAGAUAAAACAAAUCCUUGAUAAAACAGUACACAUUUUUUCUUUUGCAACUUCAAGCUUUUCAUUUAGCACCAGUGUCUCUAUUUUCUUUGUAACCCAUGUCUUACAGAUCGUAGGUUCCUAAAUUUUAUGGGAAAAAAAGCCAGUCUUAUAAACUCCUUCACACUGUGAACUAAUAAUUCAUGAUACGAAUGUUAGUGAUGUUUGUAUUUAAAAGACAGACUAGAUGAAGAAACUUUUUGUUUAAAUAGUAAAAUUUCAGAUGUUAGUGUCAGAAGGUGUUGGAUGAUGUAUGGAUAUAAUACAGAGCUAAAUGGGGUAGAGACUUGUAAUUUUUACCUGUCAUCACUACUGAAAAAUCACCAAAGCUGUUCAUUUCAGAGGUGAUCAUUUGAUCAUAGACUUGAAUAAGUUGCUGUGUUUCAGCUUUCUGUUAUAUUAUUUAAAAAGUUAUGAUGGCAAACAUCAUUUGAUAGAUCAGUUGAUAAAAUACCCAUCACUCCUCUUAUCUUUUAAAUUUAGCAGACACUAAUUUAGAAUUGACUAAGUGCCAGGCACUUUUCCAAGUACUUUCCAAAUAUUAACUGUGUAGUUCUUAUUGAAAAUAAAGUUUUUUGAUAUACGUCCUAUUAUUAACUCCAUCACAUAGAUGAAAAAACUGAGGUUAAAUAACGUUCUGGGUCAAACACAUGGUAGAUGAGUAUCAUCUUUCAAAGGUUUCUGAAGGCAAAUAAGUUCAUAAUUUAAAUACUAAAGCAAUUUUACAAAGAAAGAAAAAAAGAAAAAAAAAGGAACUUAUCAUUAUUUGGAAAAGAGAUGAGCAUAAUCCUGUAUGGUUUAGUCAUUUAUUGUGCCAGGACACCUAGAAUGAAAAGUGAGUGAGAUGAUUGGAGUAGCAUAUUUGGUGAGAUAUUCACUUUCCCAGUAUAUUUCAGAAGCAUGGAAGCAGAUGUUUUCUGAGACUAGAAAUUCACUCAGGUAUUACAACAUAAUCUUGGAGUACAUGAAGUUCUCAUCACUGGGAGUAUUUGCAUAGAUACUAUUCUUCUAUAAUACAAGGGGACAUAAAGCCCAAAGGCUGUUUUUGAGGAAAUCCUUUUUGAGAGAUAAAUCACUGACUGUGAUCUUGAAGCACCUAAUUUCUUUCACAGUCACAUCUACUUACUUAUGGCAGGUAACCUAUUUUUUUUAAGAAACGAACUUUAAGAAACUUUACACUUUAAAAAUGGAAAGGUAUGAAAUAAAAUAAAAUAAAGACGUUUGAUAAGGUUUCUAUGAUUAGAAUUGCCAUGCAUUUAUUUUAAUCAUAGAAAAGUUAUUUUACUAACUGCUUUUGGCAUUUUUGGAUAAAUUCUAUUAAUUUCUCAUCAGAAUUUUUGAAUUGAAAAUAUGUCCUUAUUUCUCUGUUGUCAGAUAUUUUAAGAAAUAAUUUAAGAGGCUAAUUAAAGCACUUAAGUAACACUCCUAUCACUUAGGAAAAAAAUAAGACACUGGCCUUUGGAAGUAGUUGCAUUUUCGACACAUAAAGUUAACUUUAAAUCAAACUGUUUAAAUACUUUAUUUAAUCAUCAACAUAUGCCUGUUUGGUUACAUUUUAGCAUGAUUUUCCUUAUCUGAUUCUGAAGAUUUUUUUCCUUUUAAACUGAUAAGAAUAGCUAAUAGUCUAUGAAACAAACUUAUGAUUACAGUAAAGAAAUUCUUAUAUACUUUUUACCUGGAUCACUUGGUGUUUACCUUUCUAACAUGGAUAAAAACACGUUAAUUUGAUUUUUACGUAAUGAAGUUUAUUCAGUAUUUAUUGAAAAUACCAUAACUAUCCCAUAAACACUGCUCUUACAAAGGGAAUGACAAAGGGGCUGCUUUGUUGUACUUUGUACAAACUGUUUUUCAUUGUCACUAGGGUUGAAUUAAUAGAAAAUGAUAUGGUAGAUACACAUAUAAAUGCCUUACAAAGAUUAAAUAAAUAUUAACAAUUUAUGCAUAA